AUGGUUAAUGACAAUGGUGAAAAAUUCAAGCAAAUUGUCCUUCCGAUAUUUUCCAAAAGAGGGAUCUGUUUUGCAUUUAUAGAAAGAAUCCUCCCACGCACCUACAUCAGUAAACUUAAUGACAUUUUUGAAAAAGGUGCAGAAAUAUAUGAUAAACUAGUGGACAGCAAAGCCUAUGUAGGGGUGGCCAAUGGAGAAUCAUAUUCCUUUGCACUACUUAGAUGGCUAAAGUAUUUUCUAGAACUGAACAUGAAAACCAAAGUUAAAGGAAAGGUAUGGAUAGCCUCAGAACACAUGGAGAUCAAUGCAUUUGUCUAUCAAAGGAAUUUGGAGACGGGGAUAUUCCAUGGUGUUCUGUCCUUGAGGAUUCGCUCCAAUGAUGUACCAGGAUUCCAAUCUUUUGAGGAGAGCAGAAAUACAAUCAGCACAAAAGAAGAUGAUUUUCUUAGGAUCUUUUGGCAGCAAGCUUUUGUCUGUCUUUUCCCAACUUCAUUAGCAGUGGAUGUGGAAGAGGAGAUCUGCACUGGGAAGGAAAGGCUUGAGAGCCUUCCUGGAUCUUUCUUCAAGAUGAGCAUGACUGGCCACAGGUACAGCAUCUACAAUGCAGUCUAUGCUGUGGCCCAUGCUAUGCAUGCCAUGUCCUCAUCUGAAGUCCAACACAGGCCAAUGGUGAAAAUUAAUGGACAGAAGUUUAGGAAUGAAGAGCCAUGGAAGCUUCAUCAGUUUCUUAGAGGUGUCUCAUUUAAUUACAUUGCUCAGAACAAGGUUUCCUUCAGUGAGAAAAGGGAGGUCAUAGCUGAUUUUGAUCUCAUCAAUUGGAAGUUCUUUUCCAAUGAAUCGUUUCUCCAUGUGAAAGUUGGAAUGAUCAAUCUUGAGGCUUCUACAGGACCAACACUUGCCAUUGAUGAGGAGGCCAUCUCGUGGCAUCACUGGUUUAAUCAGCUCAUAUAUGGUGUGGCUCCAGUCAUGAAUAAGACUCCAGGACUUCCCUUCUAUCAGAUGGUUCCUCAUGAAACUCUGCAGUAUGAGGGGAUACUCUCUUUGCUCCUACAUUUCAGCUGGACGUGGAUUGGACUUGUUUUUGUGGAUAAUGACAAUGGAGAAAGAUUCUUACAAACUGUUUUUCCAACUUUUUCCAAAAGAGGUGUCUGUUUUGCCUUCAUUGAAAAAAUCCCCCCACACACCUACAUCAGUAAUCUUAAUGACAUUUUUGAAAAAGGGGCAGAAAUAUUUGAUAGACUAGUGGACAGCAAAGCUAAUAUAGUAGUGGCCCAUGGAGAAUCAUAUUCCUUUGCACUGUUUAGAUGGCUAACAUAUAUUCCUGAAGUGGAGAACAGGACAAGGAAACUAAAAGGCAAAGUAUGGAUAAUCUCAGCCCACAUGGAGAUCAAUGCAUUUGUCUAUCAAAGGAAUUGGGACACAGAAAUAUUCCAUGGUACUCUGUCCUUGAGGAUUCACUCCAAUGACCUACCAGGAUUCCAAUCAUUUGAGGAAAGCAGAAGUCCAAUCAGAACAAAAGGAGAUGAUUUUCUCAAGAUCUUUUGGCAACAAGCUUUUGGCUGUCUUUUCCCAAGUGCAGUGGCAGAGAAUGAGGAAGAGGAGAUCUGCACUGGGAGGGAAAGACUGGAGAGCCUUCCUGGAUCUUUCUUUGAGAUGAGCAUGACUGGCCACAGCUACAGCAUCUACAAUGCAGUCUAUGCUGUGGCCCAUGCAAUGCAUGUCAGGUCCUCAUCUGAAACCAAGCACAGGGUGAAGAAGUUUGGAAAUGAAGAGCCUUGGCAGCUCCAUCAGUUUCUUAGAGGUGUCUCAUUUAAUAACAAUGCUCAGAACAAGGUUUCCUUCAAUGAGAAAGGGGAGAUGGUGGCUGGAUUUGAUGUCAUCAAUUGGAAGUUCUAUUCCAAUGAAUCCUUUCUCCGUGUGGAAGUUGGAAGGAUUGAUCUUCAGGCUUCUCCAGACCACUCACUCACCAUUAAUGAGGAAGUCAUCACAUGGCACCACUGGUUUAAUCAGACACGGCCACUUUCUGUAUGUACUGAGAGUUGCCUUCCAGGUUCCAGCAAGAAAGUGAAGGAGGGGGAGCCGUAUUGCUGCUACGAUUGCAUCCCAUGUCCAGCCAGGAAGAUCUCAAGUCAGAAGGACAUGAAUGAUUGCAAUCCAUGCUCAGAAAAAGAGCAUCCAAGCGAGAAUCGGGAUUUCUGUCUUCCAAAGACCAUAACCUUUUUGUCUUAUGAAGAAGCUUUGGGGCUCACAUUAGCAAUCCUUGCUCUUGCCUUUUCUUUCAUCACAGCUCUGGUGCUGGCUGUGUUUGUGAAGAACCACAGGACUCCCAUAGUCAAAGCCAACAACCAGAAGCUCACCUACACUCUGCUCACCUCCCUCCUGCUCUGCUUCCUUUGUGCUUUGCUAUUCAUUGGCGAACCUCAGAAGCUCACCUGCUUCCUCCGACAAACUGCGUUUGCCAUCAUCUUCUCAGUGGCUGUUUCUUCUGUGCUGGCAAAAACCCUCUUGGUUGUUCUGGCUUUCAUGGCCAUUCAGCCAGGAUCCAGGAUGAGGAAGUGGUUGGGAAGGCAGAGGCCCAGUAUCAUUGUUCUUUCCUGCUCUCUCAUUCAAGCAGGUAUCUGCACUGUGUGGCUGGGAACAUCACCCGCAUUCCCAGACAUCGAUCUGUUCUCCAUGGCUGAAGAAAUCAUACUGCAAUGUAAUGAAGGCUCAGUGAUGAUGUUUUACUGUGCCUUGGGUUACAUGGGCCUUCUUGCGACCCUCAGUUUCACUGUGGCCUUCCUGUCCAGGAAGCUGCCUGGCAGCUUCAACGAAGCCAAGUUCAUCACCUUCAGCAUGCUGGUCUUUUGCAGUGUUUGGCUCUCUUUUGUUCCUUCUUACCUCAGCACCAAGGGGAAAUCCAUGGUGGCUGUGGAGAUCUUCUCCAUCUUAGCUUCCAGCGCAGGAUUGCUGUGUUGCAUCUUUUUCCCCAAAUGCUACAUUAUUGUGCUGAGACCUGAGCUGAACAACAGAGAACAGCUAAUAAAAAGAAAAUAUUGA